AUCUUUCCACGUAUGCUAUCUCUGGUCUAGUCAUAAGCGGUUGGUGCUGUCUGUCGUCCACGAAGGACGUUGUUCGUGUUAAACUUUAACUCGGGAGGUUGGUUUAUAGAUUUUAAUUCUCCCUCAGCCGAUAGCAUCCCGAGGAGCUGGAGGAGAGGUGUACGGAGAGAGAAGAAGCUCAGACUGACAGUUGGGGCAGUUUAAGGAAUGAGGAUAUACCAGUCAGAAUAAUGACGGAGAAGAUAAAGUGAGAGAGAAACGACACCGUAGAGAAAUACACUCAGCCACGCGAUCCUUCCUCUGUUAUGGAUCAAGAAGAAGCUGCAGCUCGGGAGGAUGCAGACUCACAGCUGAUAUACAGGAUAGAGCGUCCAGUCUACAAUGAAAGCUUCAUCCGGUCGCAGCUUCUCCACCGCAAAGAGAACUCCAUCAGCCUUCGACAGAGGCUGGCACAACAGUUCCAAUGUUCAUCAGAGAAGGCCAAGGCGGUAGUUUUGAGUUUCCUUCCUAUUCUGACAUGGCUGCCAUCUUAUUCAGUCAAGCAGUGCCUGUUUUCAGAUGUGGUCUCAGGUCUCAGCACAGGAGUUGUCCAGCUCCCUCAAGGUCUAGCCUAUGCUAUGUUGGCUGCUGUGCCUCCAGUUUAUGGUCUGUACUCCUCGUUCUACCCAGUCCUGCUCUACACCUUCUUUGGAACGUCUAGACACAUAUCGAUAGGCACCUUUGCAGUGAUAAGUCUGAUGAUUGGAGGUGUUGCAGUGAGGGAGGCUCCAGACUCCGACUUUUUUGCCCUGCCUGCCAACGGAUCCAACACGUCUGCCAUCCUGGACGUGGCGGCUCGAGAUGCCAGGAGGGUGCAGGUGGCUGUUGUACUCACAACGCUGGUGGGAAUCAUUCAGUUUGUUUUAGGUCUCCUCAGGUUCGGCUUUGUGGCGAUCUACCUCACAGAGCCCCUGGUGCGAGGCUUCACUACAGCAGCGUCUGUGCACGUCGUGGUCUCUCAGCUGAAGUACCUGCUGGGCGUGAAAACAAAGCGCUUCAGUGGGCCCCUCUCUGUUAUUUAUAGUGUCAAAGCUGUAGUCAGUGACAUCACAAGCACCAAUGUCGCCACACUCAUCCUGGGCCUCGGGUGCUUCAUCUUCCUGUACGUGGUCAAAGUCCUCAAUGAGCGCUUCAAGAAGAAACUUCCUAUUCCCAUUCCUGGUGAGAUUAUCGUGGUCAUCGUGUCAACUGGGGUCUCGUAUGGCAUGUCCUUAUCAGGCAACUACAAGGUGGAUGUUGUCGGGGAGAUUCCAACAGGGCUUCUCCCUCCUACCGUCCCAGAGUUCUCGCUGUUACCCAAUUUGGUUGCAGAUGCAUUUGCUGUAGCAAUUGUAGGAUUCUCAAUGGGCAUCUCGCUCUCGAAGAUCUUUGCCCUGAAGCACGGCUACAGCGUCGACGGCAACCAGGAGCUGAUUGCACAUGGCCUGUGUAACUUCAUCAGUUCUUUCUUCCAAACCUUUGCCAUCACAUGCUCCAUGUCAAGGAGCCUGGUGCAGGAGAGCACUGGCGGAAAAACGCAGAUUGCAGGGUUGCUGUCAUCUCUCGUGGUGCUGCUGGUGGUGGUUGCCAUCGGUUUUGUCUUCGAGCCGCUCCCUCAGACUGCGCUGGCUGCCAUCAUCAUGGUUAACCUCCUGGGGAUGUUCAAACAGUUCAGAGACAUUCCUGCUCUGUGGAGGAGCAGCAAGAUUGAACUGGCCAUCUGGCUGGUUGCCUUUGUAGCGUCUGUGCUGUUGGGCCUGGAUUACGGCCUCUUGGUAGCCAUUGCAUUCGCCAUGCUAACAGUCAUCUACAGAACACAGAGCCCUAAAAGUGCAGUCCUGGGCCACGUGCCCGGCACAGGGCUGUACUGCGCUGUGGAUGAGUAUGAAGAGGCGGCUGAAUAUGAAGGGAUUAAGAUUUUCCACUCCAACUCUUCAAUCUACUUUGCUAACAGUGACCUUUAUGUGAACGCCCUCAAGGAGAAGACAGGAGUAAACCCCGAGCACUUACAAGCUGCCUGGAAAGUGCAAAAGAAACAGAAGGAGAAGGCAAAUGGCAACAACAACUCCCCACUGAACGUUUGCGCAAAGUAUAAGGAGCAGGGAGUGACUCAUGAGGUUUUAACUCAAAACAACGUGGUGGAGGAGCAGAUGAACGGCCAGAUGGAGGACAGACACGGCGAGUCAGACUUAGAAGAGGCUGUCUUUAUUGAACCUCUCAGCAAUGUCCACUCCAUCAUCCUGGACUGGACGUCCGCCUGCUUCAUCGAUUCCGUGGGAGCCAAAGCCAUUAAACAGGUCAUUAAGGAAUACGCAGCUGUGGACGUUAAAGUGGUCAUAGCCGGCUGCAGCAGAAGCCUACUGUCUGAGCUGGAUGCCUUACAGUUUUUCACUGGGAUAGUGACUCCAGAGAUGGUGUUCCCCACUGUCCAUGACGCUGUGCUGCAAAUUCUCGCCGGCCGGCUGUCCCGACCAAUGAAACGACCUGACAGUAGAAGACACCUGUCAUCUGGGACAAAUCACAGCAAGGAAGUGGAUGGCAGACUUGGGAGUACCUGCACCCGCCUGUAGGUGCUAUGAACUUGUGAUGUUCCAGCAUCAUGAUAGUGAUGACCUGAACAAUCAUUCAUACUGAAUAGAGGAGGGUUUGUAACCCAGGUGGAUGACCUCCCACCCAACCCUCACAAGAUUCUGACAACUUUAUUAAAUUAAAAUGCCCAGAACAGUGAGACACAA